AUGCGACCAGACGAGGCCAAUAGGAACAUCGUUUCUAAUGGAUACUCAAAUAAUCCAUCUUUUCUUCCUCCCCGAAAGACUAGCUUCCCAGUAAAUGGUCACUCAACGGCAAUUAAUGGUUCGGGCCAGAAUUUGAAGAAUGGCACAUCAAAGAGGAGAAUUCCUCGCAACCCAACAUACCGUGGUCAUAACAGAGAAGAGCUGACACGGAUAUUAAUUCAAGGACUGAAAGAUAUGGGGUACGAAACUUCUGCAAGUACACUAUCUGCGGAAAGUGGUUAUGAACUGGAGAGCAAUGAAGUUGCAGCUUUCAGGUCCGCCAUUCUAUCCGGGCACUGGCCAGAUGCAGAACGGAUAUUGACCAGCUCUCCGCAUAGCGAAGGUGGUGGCAUGUCAGGAAAUACUGGUCAGAGUUUGAUUCUAGCAGGAAACGCCAACAAGAGGCAGAUGCUUUUCGCUAUCCGACAGCAGAAGUUUCUCGAGCUCCUCGUGUCUAGGGAUCUACUUUCUGCCUUGAAAGUCCUUCGCGAAGAGCUGACCCCCUUACACUUCGACACAUACCAAUUACAUACACUAUCAGGGUUACUCAUGUGUACCCAGCAAGAACUCGAAACACAACUACAUUGGCCGGAAGAUCCAGAGGAGGCAAGGCAAAGUCUGCUCGAAGAACUAACCCGAUCGAUAGCACCAUCCGUGAUGAUUCGAGAUCACAGACUGGCUGAACUGCUAGAUCAAGUUAAAUCUGCUCAGAUCAACCAAUGUCUGUAUCACAAUACUGCAGUAGCACCAUCAUUAUACUCAGACCACAUGUGCAGUCAGGAAGACUUCCCAACCAAAACCUGGAUGAUCUUGGAAGAACAUGUGGGCGAGGUCUAUUGCGUGUCCUUCUCACCAGACGGCAAAUGGCUGGCUACAGCAGGAGAGGAUCGUAUGUGUAUCAUUUACGAUGCUGUCAAUUUCAGGGUUGUCCAGAAACUCCAACAGCACGACGCGCCAAUAACUCACCUAGCCUGGAGUCCAGACAGUAAAAAACUCCUGACCGCUGCAGAGGAACCUCGAGCACGUGUAUGGGAUGCUCUAUCAGGGAAGCUGAUCAUGACAGUUGAGCACAACAACAGCGAACGAAGACCUAUCACAUCUGGUGCAUGGUUGCCAGAUUCCUUGUCAUUGGUAACAUGCUGCCAUGAUAGAGAUACGAAAAUGUGCUUGUGGUCUCUGUCUGCAUCAGACCUCACAAAGCCAAUCCAUACCUGGAGUGGUGAGUUCCGUGUUGCAGACGUGGCUAUCACGCCUGACGGCCGAAGAUUAUUAUGCAACGACAUGGAUUCACUUCUUGUUGUCUACGACAUGAAUACCUAUCGAGAAGAGUUCCGAAUGAAACUCUCGUCCAAAAUAACCUGUAUCACACCAAGUCGAGAUAAUCGAACAAUACUUGUGAAUAUCGCGGAAGGCGAAGUUCAAUUGAUCGAUAUCGAGAAUAGAUAUCCAGUCCGCAAGUUCAAGGGACUGAGUCAGGGCAAGAAUAUAAUACGAAAUGCCUUUGGUGGUGCCGCGGAGAACUUCGUGGUGAGUGGUAGCAAAGAUGGAGCCAUCUACAUCUGGCACAAAGAGAACCUGGCACUAAUCGAGACACUACGAGGUCACGGCAAGGGCUCGAAGAGUGAGCUUUGUGUUACAAGCAUUUCAUGGAAUCCCCGAGACGCAGGUAUGUUUGCUUCAGGUGGUGAUGAUCGAAAGGUGAGGAUAUGGUCGAACGCUGUAUCAGAUGAUUCAAGCAUGAUAUUCGAUCCACGCAUACGGCAUCCAGAUCUUGGGAGGACAAGUGCUCUGCGUUCAACAAGCAAUCUUUGA